CGAAAGCUCAUUUAAUGUCCAGUCUAUACUAUAGUUAAUGGUAUUACGCGACCUAGACAAGAAGUUCAUAUAUCUCGUCUGUGUACGCGAUAAGAAUUGCCGUAAUCUAGAAAUACAUGUUACUUUAUAGAAAUACAUUAAUUCGUUAAAAAUCGGCGUUUCGUUCGUAUGAAAUUCUGCCGACAUUGCGGAGAAACUAAAAAAAUUAGUGAAAAACGUAUUGCACACGGCACGUAUUUCUUAGGUUAAAGUUUUCUGACUGUUUUAAAAUUAAAAAACAUAACUUAACAUGGCGAAAGUAAUUGUACAAAUAACAAAAUAUACUGCGAGAACGUUCUCGUGCACCUCGAAAGAAAGUUUAUUUAAUUUUUCUGCUCCAAAAGUGUCGUUAUGUUUUUCACGUUCCAUCGCCAGCAGUCGUUCUUUAAAUGCCGAAAGAUUUUAUACGGAAAAACAUGAAUGGAUAACAAUUGAAGGUAACAUAGGUAUAAUUGGAAUAUCCAAUUAUGCACAAGAAGCAUUGGGUGAUGUUGUUUAUGCUCAACUUCCAGAUGUUGGAUCUGAAAUAGAGAAAGAAGCUGAAUGUGGAGCUUUAGAGUCAGUAAAAGCUGCCUCUGAAUUGUAUAGUCCCGUCAGUGGGAAAGUAAUAGAAAAGAAUGAAGAAGUUGAAAAAAAACCUAGUUUAAUAAAUACUUCUUGUUACGAAAAAGGAUGGUUGUUCAAAGUAGAAUUAAAUAAAUUUGAUGAAUUAAAAGGUCUAAUGAAUGAAGAAGCAUAUAAUGAGUUUUUAAAAUCUGAUCCAGCAUAAACGUAUCAUGUUCUUAACAUGUAUAAAAUUAGUUAGUAACAAUUUAAUUUUGAUCAUAUCUAAUUGUGUCAUUAGAGAAAAAAAAUGAUUAUUCUUAUUUAUUUUAAAUCUUGUGACAAUCAUGCAUGAUCUGAUAUUAGUAUUGAAUAUCAUAUUAUAUUAGUCAAAUGUAAAAUAAAUACACUUUACAAUUGAUUCUUUAAUUACAUAUGAAGGCCUUCAUGAAAACAAAUCUUAGUUAAUAUAUUGUAUCUUUGCAAAUAUAAAAAAAUAAAUUGUUGUAAAUCUUGAUAAGGCGCAAUUUUGUACAUAAAAUUAGGCAAUAUGUUUAAUAAAGUAUAUGUAAUGUAAUAUAUAACAUGUAAAUUAAGAAUAUGAAGCUACGUGCAGUAGUUAGCUGAUGUCUUUAUUAACCACUGUGCAUUUUCUUAUCUUGUUACCAUAUUUGUACAAAGCAAACAAAUGUUUUAACAUGUUGUACAUGUUAUUCAAUAUACGAAUGACACUAUUGUUACAAAUUAUAAUAAACUUUGUAUUGUACAUAAACGCAUUUAAAUUAUAAUAACUUGUAUGUAUAAAGAAACAAUUGAAUGUUUUGAAAUACUAUUUGUAAAUUUUUGAAAAUCGUCUGCUUAAUAAUUUCUAUAGUACCAUCCUUUACUCUCCUUUUGAAAAGUAUCGUACGUUCCGUGGUCAUUACACGUAUUUUUAUAAUAAUACCAAAGACAGGAGUGCAAUAAGGGAAAUAUUAUCAUUUAAUAGGAGUUCAAUUAGUAUAAUAUAUAAAAAUAGCGCUGUCAAUCCUAAAAGGAACAGUUGUCAGUUAAUAAUAAAGAUAUAUUUACAAUCAAUCAUUUUUUUUCUACAUAAUUUACAAUUGCCAACUCCUAAUGGCAGUGUUAACAACGCAUAAUAGUUCAUCAUUUAAUGUUAAUUCCAAUUAUUUAUUGGGUCAAAAAAUCACAUCGAUAUUAAAUUAGAUUGUUUGCCAAUAAUUGGUAACUGUACAUAUUUAACACAAUGCUUAUAACACCACUAUUAUAUUUCCUAAUUACAAUUAUUAAUAAACACUAUAACAGAAUCGAGCGGACGAUUAAAUAGGAUGGACACAUACAAAGAUGAUCGAUUUAGGGACAUAUUGAGAAAAGACAAUUUUCAUUUUUUGAGACAGUUGUGUUUACGAUUUUUGUAAAUUGUUCCAAAAUUAUCAGACCGACACGUUCUACAAGAAGUCUUGAAAAUAAAUGAAUGUACAAUAAAUAAAACAUUAUUUGAUUUUACCCAAACAGCAACAUAAAGUUAAACGUGAUUUUAGAGACUUCAUUGAUAAUUAAAUAAUUUCGAAUCGAAUAUGUAGUAACAUAUAUAUCAUAAAAAAGUAUAAUCUAAUUUGGAAUAAAUAUAAUAAUAACAAAAGUAGUUAACGUGGAAAUAUAACGGGUACAAUACUUGAAUGGAACUUUUAUAUUCUGUCGAUACGCAUAUUACAGAAGUCAUAGACUUUAAAUCUACGUAGGUAACAUUCAUACAUUCCAUUUAAUUUGCUAUCUGGGUGUCUAUUCUGAGGUAUGUGGUUUACUAAAAAUGUAAAAAUGUAAGACUUAAUACAGUUAUGAAGAGGUAGACAUUUAUAUGCGAGUUAAAUAAAGGUAAUUCGUUUUGAAGGCAUUAUUUAAAGAGCCAAUAAUGUUGCAAACCGGUUUCCUUUUCGAGCAAUUAAUUAAAAGAACCAGGCGAUUUGAAAAUUUGGGAACAUGUUAAUAUAUGUUUUGCAUUUUUGCAUGGACACAAAUCUUUACUCACACGAUAAGUACAUGCAAGCUUUCGAAUAUAUAUAUAUAUAUAU